AAUCAGGCAAGAUUCAGUUCGUCUACGCUUACAACAGCUCCGCGCCCCACGCCGCCUCCUCCUACCGCACCGCCGUCGCCCCCUUCGCGCCCUACACGGCCGAGCGGUCCACCCACCACCACCCACUCCCACCCCCUGACCCCCAGGAGCGGCUGCCCUCGGACACAGAGCAGCUAGCGGGCACGGAUCAGGACCAGGAAGAGGAGGAUUCCGAGGAGGAGCGCGCAGGUAGCGGACCCUCCGUCAAACCGCUCAUCGCAACGACAACAAUAGUACCGGAAGCGGUACAAAAGGAAGCACCGGCGGCGCAAGGAGCAACAGAGACGGCAGCAAUGGCGGUGGUGCGAAAGAAACAGGACGACAAGUACCUGCUCGCCCUGCGGGAACUGGUGGCCAGCGGGUCGGGGGGCAACCGGCAGUGCUUCGAUUGCGGGCAAAAGGGACCGACCUACGUGAACAUGACCAUCGGAUCCUUUGUCUGCACCCGCUGCUCCGGAGUCCUACGCGGUCUAACGCCACCACAUCGGGUGAAAUCCAUAUCGAUGGCCACAUUCACACAGGACGAGAUCGACUUCCUGCGCACCCACGGCAACGAGCUGUGUGCCAAGACCUGGCUGGGAUUGUGGGAUCCCAAGCGGGCUGUCCACCAGCAGGAGCAGCGUGAGCUGAUGAUGGACAAGUACGAGCGGAAGAGGUACUACCUGGAGCCGGCCAGUCCUCUGAAGUCCCUGGCCAAUGCGGUCAACCUGAAGUCAUCCGUUCCGGUAACGAAUCACAUUCAGAAUGGCCACCACAAUGGCUAUGCCAGCAUCCAUCUGACGCCUCCGGCUGCCCAGAGGACCUCGGCCAAUGGAUUGCAGAAAAUGGGCAACUCAUCCAGCAACAGCUCCUCGGUAAACUCCUCCUCCUCGAUCAGCCGACCACACCAUCAUCAUCAUCAUCACAACAACAACAGCCAAAACAACAAUCACGAUGCCUUUGGUCUGACUGGAGGAUUGAGCAGCCUCAACAGCGCCGGCUCCACAUCCACGGGAGCUCUCUCGGACACCAGCAGUUGUGCCAGCAAUGGCUUCGGUGCGGACUCCGACUUCGUGGCCGACUUUGGCUCGGCCAACAUCUUCGAUGCCACAUCAGCGCGCUCGACGGGAUCGCCGGCGGUGUCCUCCGUCUCCUCGGUGGGCUCCAGCAAUGGCUACGCCAAGGUGCAGCCCCUCCGGGCAGCCCAUCUCCAGCAGCAGCAACAGCAACUGCAGCAGCAGCUCCUCAAUGGAAACGGAAAUGGUCACCAGGGUGCUGAGAACUUUGCCGACUUUGAUCAUGCACCCAUCUUCAAUGCAGUGGCUCCACCAACUUUCCACGAUUGGAUCAGCGACUGGAGCAGGCGGGGCUUCCACGAUCCCUUCGACGACUGCGAUGAGUCGCCACCAGGGCCAGCUCCUCCGGUUCCAGUGCCUGCUCAAGUUCCCGCUGUAUCAUCACCACUGCCAACCGUCCAAGAGGAACCAGAGCUGGCGUGGAACUUCUGGCAGGAGGAGAUGCGAAUAGAGGAGCAGGAUGAGGAGUCCCAACCAUCCCAACAGCAGGAGCUGAGCUACUCCUUUUUCAAUAGCACUCCGCCCCUUUCCCCCUCGAAUCCCUUCCUGCCCUACUUAAGCAAUGAGGAGCAGCAUCCGCAUCCUCCAGAGAAGCCCUCCUAUUCGUAUUUGUUGUUCAGCUCCAUAUCAAACAGUUCCCAAGAAGAGCCUCAGGUGGAAGAUCAUGAGAUGGAUAUUUUAAAUGCCAAUUUCCAUGAUUUCUUUACGUGGAGUGCGCCCUUGCAGAACGGCCAUGCGACAAGUCCGCCCAAAGGCGGAAGUGCAGCGAUGGCGCCCAGUGAGGAUCGAUAUGCUGCUCUCAAGGAUCUCGACGAGCAGCUGAGGGAGCUGAAGGCCAGCGAAUCUGCCCCGGAGGCACCCACGCCCACUAAUGGCAACGGCCAGGCCACAGAUGCCUUUGGUGCCCUCAACAACAAUCCAAAUCCCUUCAAGGGCCAGCAGCAGCUCAGCAGCCAUGUGGUGAAUCCAUUCCAGCAGCAACAGCAGCAGCAGCAGCAGAAUCUCUAUGGCCAGUUGACGCUCAUACCAAAUGCCUACGGCAGCAGUCCCCAGCAGCAGAUGGGCCACCAUCUCCUCCAGCAGCAGCAGCACCAGCAACAGAGCUUUUUCAACUUCAACAACAACGGGUUCGCCGUCUCACAGGGCCUGCCCAACGGCUGCGGAUUUGGCAGCAUGCAACCCGCUCCGGUGAUGGCCAACAAUCCGUUUGCAGCCAGCGGCGCCAUGAACACCAACAAUCCAUUCUUAUGAGACUCGAGCCGGGAGAAUUCGCCACUCGCCACUUGGCAGAGGCGCUGAGCCACCAGCCACCAGCGAACAAAGAGCAGAAGCAUCAGCAGCAGCAGAAGCGGAGGAGCCGAACCGAAAUUAGUCCAUUUUACGAACAAUAGCGUUAAUCUAUAUAUACAUAAUACACGCCGGAGCACAGUCUCUGUGUACAUAGCUCAAAUAUGUACACCCCGAAGGGCUCCGCCACGCUGACGCUAAUCCUGGAGAGGGGCGGCGCACAGCGGCAGCGGGCUGGGGCGUUGAUAUAUUCUUUUACAUGGUAACUCUACUCUAACGUUUACGGAUACGGAUGUUUGUAUUUGCCGUUUGCCCUAGAACUCUCUACUUGUACUAAGCGCGCCCAUCAUCCACUUACUAACAUAGCUACUAAUCCCAAUCCUAGUGCAGGAUGCAGUUGGCCCAGAUUCUGUUAUUUGCUUUGUCUGUCCUCGUAAAUGUCUUUGUCCCAUUUAGCACUUUCGUUGCGGAUAAGAACUCUGUCAGUUAUUGAUUGUGUGGCCUUAAUAAGAUUAUAAACUAUAUAUUAUAACGUACUACUAUACAUACGGAUACAGAUUACAGAUACAGAUACAGAUAUAUACAACUAUGCUUUUGUACCUAAUGAAUUGUGUAAUUGCUUCUUGUUUUCAUUGCUAAUCGUCUGCUUUCCGUGUGCUAAGUUUAUAUAUUAGUACGUGCGAUAUCGGCCGUGCAGAUAGAUUGCUCAACUCGCGAGUCAAACCUCGUUUGGUUGCACCCACACCUCACACCCUACACCCCACACCCACGGCAGACAUUUGUACAUAUACUGUCUGAUUGUAAGCCCCGUGUAAUACCUCCAUUGUCACCAGUCCCUUUGCCCCACCCAUCCAUCCAUCGAACCCCGAAUCCAUGACUCAAUUCACUGCUCACAUGUCCAUGUCCAGAUAAGAAGCAAGAAUUUUUCCAUUUUUAGCCUUAACGUGUCAAACAUUAUCGAAGCCUUAAAGUUAUUUAAACUACGAAAAUUUCAAUAAAAACAAAUAAGAUCGCUA